GAGUCCAUAAAAUUCAUAAAAAAAGAAAAGAAAAGAAUUGUUUAUCGUUUUUUGUUAUUAUUGUUUUUGGGGGAAAUCCGUUGGGUACAAUAACAGUGCAGAAAGCGAUCGAAAAUGGCGUCCCUUUUCCCCUUUUGCGCUCGCAGUUGACUCCGAAUCAAAUCCCUCAAUAAAGAAGCGAAGGAAUCAAUCAAAGGUCGCGCCCCCACCGUAAGCAGCUAUGUCGUUGCGCAGACGAACCCUGCUCAAGGUCAUUGUCCUCGGCGAUAGCGGGGUGGGAAAAACCUCGUUGAUGAAUCAAUACGUGCACAAGAAGUUUAGUCAGCAAUAUAAGGCCACCAUUGGAGCUGAUUUUGUCACUAAAGAGCUUCAGAUUGACGACAGACUUGUCACUCUACAAAUAUGGGACACUGCUGGUCAAGAGAGAUUCCAAAGUCUCGGGGUUGCGUUUUAUAGAGGGGCGGAUUGCUGUGUUCUGGUUUAUGAUGUGAAUGUGAUGAAGUCGUUUGAUACCCUUGACAACUGGCAUGAGGAGUUUCUCAAACAGGCAAACCCUCCUGAUCCGAGGACUUUUCCAUUUAUUUUGCUUGGAAACAAGAUCGACAUUGACGGAGGGAAUAGUCGAGUGGUUUCUGAGAAGAAAGCAAAGGAUUGGUGUGCUUCAAAAGGGAAUAUUCCCUACUUUGAAACAUCUGCAAAAGAGGAUUACAAUGUUGAUGCUGCAUUCCUGUGUAUUGCCAAGGCUGCUCUAGCCAAUGAGCGUGAACAAGACAUAUAUUUUCAAGGGAUUCCUGAGGCAGCGGUUCCAGAGAAUGAGCAGAGGGGUGGAUGUUCAUGCUGAUAAACUCUUCAAAAUCUUUUUGGUCAUAUAGUGUAUACUGUAUGCCCGGGAUUGUGCGAGUAAUGUACCUUGAGGUUGCCAUUUUGAUAAACUGUACCAUUUAUUGUAGUCCUGUUUUAGGAAGGACGAGGUUGAGAAUAUUGCACUCGCAGGAAAAGCAUGUUGAAUGGAUAAACCACGACCUGCGAGAUGCGGCAUGGACCAUGGAAUGUUUAAAUAAUUUUUAAACUAUUAUUUUCCCUUGAUUGUCAAAUUGUGAUGCGGCGUGGACUAUGUAAUGUUUAUAUUCUGUUUGAAUGGUACGUAGCAGACAUUGAUUUCUGGUGCUUCA